AGGAGGUUAGUUUUUCCUCUAACGAGCUAGCUGUGAGGGAAAGGAGCCGCCUUUGGCAAAUGGGCGUUUGUCAAGCUUCACACACACACGCACACAAAAUAGUGUUAAAACAGCUCUGAACAGACUUGCAAAGCUGGAGUCUGGGAACAUUAGGAUGAACAGUGCUGGUGGCAGUGUGCUCCCUAGUGCAAGUUUCCUGGGAGUGUUUUUUCUUUCAACUGACACAGCAAAGUCUCCAGUUCUGAAACAGCUGUUUUUCUGGACGUUCUCGAGAUUCAUCCACUGCAGCUGGUCCCGAUGUUCACGGAACCGAAGCUAGGUGGACCUCGGCAGCGUGCAAAAGCAGCCCCUCUCCUCCCUUAAACAGAUGGGAAGAGAAGCAAAGGAGACUGGCCUCCGCUUGGGAUCGCUUCUCCGCCGGGAGAGUCAGUUGCUUUCCACCGCGACGAGGAGAGGAGCUGCUCACUUUUUUCCUAUUGCAACUCCUUCUCGGGAGCUAGAGGCUGCCGGCCCCCUAAUUACCUGCCUCCCGCUCUUCCCCGCUGGUGUGGAGCCUGGAAUGAUUUGCCUGCUUGGAGAAUGUUGACUUUAGAGUGGGAGUCGGAAGGACUGCAAACAGUUUCCUCUACGCUCAGAGUGGUACCAAGCGCAGCAUUAAAGAGCGGCUUUUGAAGCUCUUGCCCUGCUCGGCUGCCAAAACGGCAUCUCCUGAUAUUCAAAACAGUGUCGAAGAUGAAAUGGAAAUGGCCACUGUGCGGCAUCGGCCAGAAGCUCUUGAACUGCUGGAAGCCCAGAGCAAAUUCACCAAGAAGGAACUUCAGAUCCUCUACCGAGGAUUCAAGAAUGAAUGCCCCAGUGGUGUUGUUAAUGAAGAAACCUUCAAAGAGAUUUACUCUCAGUUCUUUCCACAGGGAGAUUCGACAACAUAUGCACAUUUUCUGUUCAAUGCAUUUGAUACUGAUCACAAUGGAUCUGUGAGCUUUGAGGACUUUGUGAUGGGUCUUUCUAUUUUGCUUCGAGGGACAGUACAAGAAAAACUCAACUGGGCAUUUAAUUUGUAUGACAUAAAUAAAGAUGGAUAUAUAACUAAAGAGGAAAUGCUUGAUAUAAUGAAAGCGAUAUAUGAUAUGAUGGGUAAAUGCACAUAUCCUGUUCUUAAAGAGGAUGCCCCCAGCAGACAACAUGUGGAAACGUUUUUCCAGAAAAUGGACAAAAAUAAAGAUGGGGUAGUUACCAUAGAUGAAUUCAUUGAAAGCUGCCAAAAAGAUGAAAAUAUAAUGCGCUCCAUGCAACUCUUUGAAAAUGUGAUUUAACAUGUUGGUUAGAUCUUGAAUUUAAUAGAUAAAUGUGAACUAUUCUAAAACAAUACUUAAAGUUGGAGUUACCACUUUUAGCAUAGACUGCUCAGCUUUACACUGAAGCAUAUUAUGCAAAUAAGCUUUGUUUUAUUAUAAAGCCAUCCCCAAAAUUGUUUAUUUCCAAGAUAUCAAUUUGCAUCCUUUUCAUUAUGCCACUGAGUUAAUAGGAUGUUCCAAAAAUUUCCUACCAUGAGGCUAUUCAAAGAAAUGGUACCUGACAAACACAUAAUUUUAUUGAUACUCCAACCCUGGGAUUAUUGAGGCUUUCGCACAUCAAAGUGAUGUUAUGAUAGUGUUUUUUGCUACUCAUUUGUACUAGAAUCCAGCCCAGGAUUAUAAAUGUUUUUCUAAAAUAUUGACAUCAGUGUUUAAUUUACAGAAAUUAGAUUUCAUUUCCAUAUUUGUAUGCUGUAAUCCCAUUUAUAUACUUUGAGUACACAACAAAACAAUUAUCGCUAUUAAAAAAUUAUUAUGCAGUCCCUGUUUUUGUGGGUUUUUCCUCCUUUUGUUGAAGUCUCCUUUUGCUGAAGCCGCUAAUUCAUUUAUCUGGCAUUUUUCUACCAUUAGAACUAAAAUAAUUUAUUACCAGAUGACAGCAUACUUCUUUUGAGUAAGGCUUAUUAAUAAGCAUUUGUUAGUUUUCCAUAUUAGAACCCAAAUCCCACUUAAUAUACAUAAUUUGGGACUUGCCCAAUUCGAUAGCCAUAAGUAGGCUUCACACCUCCUAUGAAAGAAAGAAAAUUAGUGGAUCAUAGUAUCACUACAUGAAUGUCCAAGUCCACAAUGUCCACAUUGCCUACAAUGAAGACAUGGAUGUACUUCUCCACCCCACCCCCCAACCUCAUCCCCCAGGUUUAAAUUAAGGCUCACUACCAGAUGAACAUCCAGUAAUACGCAUUAAUGAUUAAUAACAAUUAGCCUAAGGUCAGGUCCCUCUCUGGCCUGACCUUGCCCCUUGCAUCUCUAUGAUACAAAGACCACUUGACUAUACAACGGGGAAGAACAUUAGCAUAAUUUCAUUUUGAAGGAAAAACUAUCAUAUUAAUAACUACAAUAAUGGGACAGUAGAAAAUGAGUUAUUAUUUCAAUUCUUUAACUAGAUUAUGUGAAUGGAUUAACAGCACGCAAGCCCCAAUUUUAAAUAUCAUUUGUUACUUUCAAGGAUCUUAGGCCUAUAAAGUUUCCACAAUAAUACUAAAGACACAACCAUCUUCAUUUUUCUGCAAAUAUCACAAAGACAAAGAAGCUUCUGAGGUAGAAGGAAUUUUGCAACUUUGUUUCACAAAAAUAUAUCAGGGAUCUAUUCUGGUGUAAAGAUAAGAUGUUGAAGGAUGUUCUGCUAUCACCAGUGUAGGAUUAAGAGUAGUACAAUACAUGUACACCUGAAAUUUGCCAUCAGAGUGUGUGUGUCAGUUCAAUGUAUACAUUUUGUAUUUUAAAAAGGAAAAAUAAACAAAAGUAGAAUGUAUAUAACUCUAUGUUUAUGUUUUAGGUCUUCUUUUUCCCCUUAAAAACACAACUAAUUUUUUUUUUUAAUUUUUCAUUGACUCAUUGCAAGAGACACCUCUUUGUCUCUUCAGGUCCCAGCACAAAGUGGGGACAGCUAUGUAGUGGACAGGUAUGAAUGGGAAGUUAAGACCUGGGUUUAAGUCUUGUUUAUGUUAUUUACUAAUUGGUAAGUCACAACCUCUGUGAGCCUGUUUCCCCGCCUAUAAAAUGAGGAUUAAAUGAAAAAAAAAAUUACUUCAUCAGGUGUGGCAUUUUGUAAGCUAUUGUAAUCUUCAUCGACAUUUUUGAGCCCCUGUAACAUAUAGGGAGUACUAUAGAGAUUUUAACCAUGUUUUCUACGAUACUAGCUAAUGUACUCAGUUUUGUGAGAGUAAAUUUUCAAAGUCUACCUUCAAUUCUGUUAUCAAGUGGCUUUCAAACUCUUUACAGUUAUUAAACCCUUAACUGUAAAUAA